AUGGACUCUCCAUCAUUCACCACGUCGAAAGUCAACCACAGACGCGAUUCAAUGAACAGUUACACCAGCCCUGCCAGGAGCGCGCACGGCGCACCCAGUCGCUAUUAUGCACACAUGCAGUUCAGCGGCCCUUCCCCUAUGCCAAAUCCGCAGAUGAAUGCGCAGUCGGUCGGCAGCGCGAGCAGCUUACAGGGCACACCUCUUCGCAGUUGCACACAAAUCCAGAGUACCGAUGCCAUCCGCCUACCAAAUCAGCAGCAGAUGAACACACAGUUUGUCGGCGCUCUCAGCAGCGUACAGGGCACAACUGGCCGCCUUCGUACAUCCGUGCCGCACCAUAUGUCGCCCAUGACAGGCACUUCGCUGACGACCAACAUGCCGCAAGCUACAGCUUCUGUUGACGAAUGCUUAAUAAACGCUUAUCCGCACGACCAGCAGGCGAAAGGACCACAGCCCUUCUUCGUCGACAAGCUCGGCCGACAAUACACUGAGUUCCAGUUCAAGGAGAUCAUGCGUCUACAGCAACAACAACAACAACAACAACAACAACAACAACAGAUGAACGCACAGUCAUUCAGCAUGAACUCUGAGCGCGGACAACAGUAUAGGCAAUUCCUGCCACAGCAGACCUCGCAGCCGCCGUCACAACCACCUCAACUAGCGACUCAGGCGAAGCCCUUCACAGUCGGCAAGGAAGGUCGCCACCGUACUCCUGGGAAGGUCGCAAAGUUCAAUCGAGAUAAGAUUCAAGAGUUUGGGCGCGUAUACUUCGCGGCACUGAGUCCAGAACAUAAGCAGAGGUUCCAACAUUUGCAGUCACAACAGAGAUAUCAUGAGGUAUACUCUGAGUUUGUGCGACAAGGUUCGCUGAAAGAGCAACUACUGCAACAGAAGCCGCAACUACCAGCAUCACAGCAGCAACAGCAGCAGCAGCAGCAUGCACAACCCCCACAACUAGUACCUCGGCAACAGCCAACGCCUCGACAACAACCAGCGCCUCAGUAUCAGCAGCCUUACGCCUCACCUACAAUUCCUACCUCGAAUUUUGAUACACCAAACAUGCGUGGACCGAAUCUUAUUGAUGAGGCUUUCGUCAGGAACAAUGGCAGUGGUUACAAGAAAGAAGAAGUGCACGCGAUGAUCAAAUCUGAAGAGAGAAAACGUAAAGAGAGGCAAAUUACUGCAGCGACGGUAGCACAUUCAAUUCAGAUGCAGGUCCCAUCACCAGAGUCUAGUGGAGGUACCCCGAAGGCGUCUCUAACCGGUGGCGUACAACCUGGACCUGUGUCAAUUGCUCACAUGAAUGAGCUUUCCGGUCAUGGCGCAGGAACAAAGCGGUCUCUUUCUGAUGGCGACAGCGCUUACAAAGAUGGUCGCGGUCCCAAGGCGGUUAUGACUUCGAAAGAUUCCAACUCACAAAGCAGCCGUGCUGGUGGGGCUGCGACGGGCCUGCGAAAGAUCGUUGCAAAGAAGCAGCCCAAGAGCCAGGAUGCCACACCCCAAAAAAGACCUCGAGGACGUCCUCCGAAGGGUUCCAAUACGAACGGCACCCAUGUCAAACAAGUCCUCACUAUAGACGCGCCAGCUGUACCGGCCCCAGCUCCAGCCCAUUCGAGGGUCCACGCAUCUGAGAUUAUCGAUCGCACACAGCCAGACAAGACACGGCUGGUCUCAAACGUGCCACAUCUCAGAAAUGCUGAGGCCAUCAAGCUUCCAAAUGGACUGGAUAUUGGGCAACCUACAGUACACCAACCCUGGCUACACUCUUGCCACCGUAACGGUGUCUCCAUGGCAGACCUUGAAUUCGGUUCUAGCAUCCGUGAUAAUAUGAUAAACUACCUCUCUGAGCUUGACUCACGUCGCCGUACUACUGUCAGCCGUGUCGCGAGCACGCCGUCCGCUCCUUACUCCACGGAUAACACCAUGAGCACUGAGCACGCCAUUUCCCUCGGCCUUCCUACCGGCUUUGAUAUGCUACCUGUCCUGAACAAGGUCAGAGACCCCAACUACGACGGAUAUGCCGUAUACUCUAGCAAUGACAAUGGUGACUUUUCCGGAGAACCGCUUCCAGCCAGGGAGCUUAGCAAUGCAGAUGCUGAGAUACUUGCGACCCCCUUCAAAGGUUUUGGGAUGCCCGAUCCAAGUGCGCAGCCCCAUUGGGGAUUGCACAGAAAUGGUCCGAAGACAAAACUGUUCGCACAGAUUCAUAUGGACGAUCAAACCGACGAAACCAAGGUGACUGAAGAGUCUGCACUGCUACAAUGGGGGAUGCUGCAGCAGGCGAAGAAUCACGAAAGCGAUGACGAUUGGGGUGCGGACAUGAACGGCAAGAGCACUUGGUAUUAG